GCCUAAUCUAUUGGACGUAUAUGCAAACUUACGAGCGUUUUUGAAACAGUUUGGUACUGCUGGCUACAGUAAACCUUCAACAAUCAAAUGAGUUCUGUCGUUAGAAGAGCUUCUCAUGCUGGUAGUUGGUAUUCUUCAGACCGUACUAAGCUUAACAACCAGUUGCAGAAAUGGUUGUCUGAAGUAACUGUUGAUCGACAACCAGCCCGUGCUAUCAUUUCACCACAUGCGGGUUAUGACUAUUCGGGGCCUUGUGCUGCGUUUGCGUACAAACAAAUAGACCCUCGUCACAUGUAAACUGCAUAUAUACAAAUAGCUUUGCCCAGUAAACGUAUUUUCGUAUUAGGUCCUGCACAUUAUAUGAGCCUCAGAGGAAAAUGCGCUCUAUCCACAGCGGACUUCUUCGAGACUCCAUUGUACUCCUUGUCAAUUGGUAGAGAUGUAUACCGAGACCUCGAAAAAACAGGAGAGUUUGUUAGUCUCACUUUGGACAAAGACGAAGAAGAGCAUUCCAUAGAAAUGCAAAUGCCAUAUAUAGCAAAAAUGAUGGAAGGUUACCAAGGCAAAUUCUCUGUAGUACCAAUUUUGGUAGGAUAUUUGACUCCAGAAAGGGAAGCAGUUUAUGGUCAGAUUUUCUCUCGAUACCUAUCAAAUCCCGAGAACUUCUUCGUGAUAUCUUCUGAUUUUUGUCACUGGGGAAAAAGGUUUCAGUACACCUACUAUGAUCAAAGUAAAGGAGCAAUCUGGCAAUCCAUACAAGCACUUGAUGAAACGGGAAUGGAGUUAAUUGAGCGACUUGCUCCUUCUGAAUUUACAAGUUACUUGGAGCAAUAUGGUAACACCAUAUGCGGACGACACCCGAUAGGCGUAUUACUACAAAUCGUUACGUAUUUACGCAGGAAUAUGCCCAAUAACAAUUUUAAUAUGAAGUUUGUACGAUAUGCCCAAUCAGAACACUGUAAUAAUAUGAACCAAUCAUCUGUCAGUUAUGCAGCUGGUGUGCUACAAAUAUCUUGAUAUAAGUAACUUUUCCUGCAUAUUAUAAUAUGUGUAUCGACGUUUACAUUAAAGUAAAAAAUCACAACUUUAGGGAUUGUUAAUUUUACUUCAAUAUAUAACAAACUUUUUUUACGG